AUGCCUAAGUUAGGUAAGGUAUUUCAAGGAAAACCGGGUGGCCGGAGCCGUGUGUGGUGGCCGGAGCCUUGUGUAAGGGAGAGAAAGAAAGUGGUGGCUAGGCUUCUGCAUGGCGCGCGGUGGCAUGUAGGAGAUGUGAAUUAUCUGUUGGGCUGUCCAGCUGUAACUGGGCUUCCUUCUUGGAUUUGGACUCCUUUUGCAGAUUGGGUUCCCAAUUGGAGUGAGCCUUUGACUGUUCUUGGAGUUGGGUUCCUAGUAGGAAUAGGCUUGCGAUUCCUUCUUGACCUAGGAUGCCCAACGUGUGUAAAUGCAUGGCUUCUCUUCACUCUUCUUCACAUCGCAAACUUAACUUCUCUACUUUCUAGCUUGAGAGAGAUCUUGGAGAAUUUGUACUGCUUGUCGAAGAGAGGAGUCGCCGUGCAUCCCAAAGCGGCAACUGUGGUGGGGCAUGUUUGCGCAGAUGGACCAGCUGCUGCCUAUCAUCGCAGGCCUGGGCUGGAGCAUGUUGGGCCUCGUGCGUUGCAGGCCUCGUCAGCUAAGUGGACUUGGAUGAUCUGCUGGCUGGGCAAGAUGAGUAUUCUGCCGGACUCCCCUUCAAAAAAGAAGGUUGACGUCAAGUCUUCAAGAAAUGAAGCUGCGAAUUCGCUGGCAAAAGAUGUGUCCCCGUUGAGGAAGAAGCCAAGGAUCCCUUACGCUGAGAAGACUCAAGUGAGAGCUGUUUCAUCAUCAUCCGCCAGGGUUAAACAUCUUGCUUGUGUAGAUAGUAGGAGGGUUGGUGAGUGCCAGGGUCCCCCUUGA